AUGGCCGCCGUCACCCAAGCUACGGCUCCCAAGACGGAGCCUUCGAGAGAGGAUGAGACCCUGCUCGUUCUUGCGCGAUUAAUGGAAGGCGGCAAGGAGGAUGAAGAGACCAUCCGCGACCUGGACCAGCUCACAAAGCUGUUGAAUGAUGACACCCAGCUCAGCCAGGCCAAGACAUCCGCCCCGACGAUAUGCAAACUUAUCGACAGCGACUGUGUCGACACAAUCUUGGCAUACCUGGAUAUGAGACAGCCCGAGAUCGUCCGCGCACAUGCCAUCGUAGCCACCUCCGCCUAUCUCAAGGCUGCUGGUGACGACGGAGCCAAGAAGCUUUCGGGCUUCUUUUUCUCCAAAAUCAAGAGAGGCACCUACGAUGACUACAUCGUCGCCUUCUGCGUUGCCGCUGCCACCUUCCCGGUCGUCCCAGACCUCACGGCCGAGUUGUUCCUCAGCGAGGGCUUCCUCAGCUCCCUCGGUCCUCUCAUGAGGAGGAAGUGGAAGAGCCGCAAAGUCGAGACUGCCUGUCUGGAGAUGCUCAACGCCGCCUGCAUGAACUCACAGUGCCGUGACGCCGUCAACAAGUACUGCACCGAGUGGCUGGAGGAGGUUGUCGACCAGGACCCCGACCAGAUUGCCAAGCAGAUGCAGCAAGACCCGGAGUACGCCGCCCAGGAAGGCUCCGUCUCCAUGCGUAGGCAUUCGGAGCAAGUUCAGAACUUGGCGGCCGUCAUCCUAGCGAAACUGAGGGCGGUGCCCUCGGCGUCGGCGCUGAAUGAGGAUGGGCAAGGAAAGAUUUCACCAGCAAUCACUACUAUCGAGGAGCUGUCAGAGAGAUUUACCUCCAUGCUCCUGACCGAUGACGACUAUGGAGAUCAACAUUCUAUCGAAGGCCUAGCUUAUGCAUCGAUUCAGCCAGCCAUUAAGGAGAAGUUGGCGGGGAACCCGGACUUUUUAAAGAAGCUGGUUAAGAAACUAGCAGAUGCCCCGCCAAAGUCACCCGUGACGUACGGAGUGCUCAGUAUCUUGGUGAACCUCACCAGGUACCAGCCUAAUCUGUCGGAGGAGGAGAAAAAGAUCAACCAACUCAAGGCGUAUGCGGCGGCAGCUGGCAAGUCCGGCGGUCCCGACCCUCUCAACGACAACGAACAUGUUGCAGAACGAUGCAAGCGUGUGUUUGAGGCCGGCGUCACACCGGUCCUGGUUACUCACAGCAAAUUUGGUUCACCUGCUUCGCUUUCUCUUACUGUCGCUAUCAUUUAUUCUCUAUCAGUUACGACAUCUUUACGUGGAAAGCUUGCACAGCAGGGUGCUGUAAAGCUUCUCUUGACGGCAUGGGCGACUUUGCCAGAGACGGAGUCUGCGGGCCGUCGGACGGCCGCGCAGGCUUUGGCGCGUAUUCUUAUCAGCACGAACCCGUCGCUCGUCUUCGGUGGCAGCCGCUCAAACCCACAGGCGUCUGCCAUUCGGCCCCUUGUGUCCAUCAUUCCCCCAGACCCAACAGCCGAGAACCGAGACCUCCUUCCGACUUUUGAAGCCCUCAUGGCGCUUACUAAUCUUGCAUCAACUGACGAUCUUGACACCAGACGGGCCAUCAUCCGCACAGCAUGGCCGCAAAUCGAGGAUCAGCUGCUCUGCUCAAAUGCACGGGUUUCUAAGGCUGCCGUCGAGCUUAUUUGCAACCUCGUGCAGGCAGUCGAAGGUAUGGCGUUAUACGCUGAUGGAAGUCCGCAGGCAAAGGGCCGGUUGCACAUUCUCUUGGCCCUGGCAGACUCGGAAGAUGAAGGUACGCGCAGCGCUGCGGGUGGUGCGCUAGCAGCCCUUACUGGCCAUGAGAACGUUGUGCAGGCUAUCGUGGAGCGCGAGCGAGGUGUCAAGGUCAUUCUCGACAUGUGUGCGGAUGAUAACGAGGACCUGCGACAUCGUGCAGGCUUCAUCAUCUACAACAUGGUCGCAGCUGAGGGUGCGUCGGGUGCCAAUGCGCGGAAGAAGAUCAUCGAGGAGGAUGGCCUCGAAGUGCUCAAGGAGGCGGCCAAGAAGAGUCGGCGGCCGGAAGUGCUCGAGGUUCUGGUACAGGCUUUGAAGGUUCUGCUCGAGGACAACAAGACCCUGGAAGGCUAG